GGCCCAGAGUCCAGAGUCCAGACGAAUUCAAAUCUCAGUCGUCUCCCUAGAAAAACUAAAUUCGAAACACAACUCUCUCUCUCUCUCUAGAAAAUGGCCGACGAAGGGUUGACGAUUGUCGACGGCGAAAAGCUCCGAUUCGCCGAUCUCUCUCUUCCGGAAUCUGAUGUCACCUUCACUGGUGCUCAACUCCUCGAUGUUGCUGAUUCGAAAGUUUCUUCUCUCUUAGGCGGUCUAUCUUUGCCGGAUACUGUGAAGUCUUCGGCGCUUAAACGACUCAACGUCGGCGAUGUUAUCAAUUUCCGGUGCGCUGAACUCGAUCGCGAAGAAGCUUCUUCUAAGUUCAGAGAGUAUGUCAUCGCGAUCGCGGAUGAACUGCAAGAUGAUCCAAUUGUGGCGUCAGUUCUGGAUGGGAACACUCUUCGACUGUUUUUAGAGGAUGAAGAUGAUUUUGCAAUGUUAGCAGAGAAUCUAUUUACUGAGUUAGAUAUUGAAGAUACGGGAAAGAUCAGUAAGAGUGAAAUAAGGAAUGCUCUUCUUCACAUGGGAGUUGAAAUGGGUAUUCCUCCUUUUUCAGAAUUUCCUCUGCUCAAUGACAUCCUAAAGAAACACGGAGCUGAGGGGGAUGAAGUGUUGGGUCAAGCACAAUUUGCUGAACUUCUCCAGCCUGUUCUGCAAGAACUGGCAGAAGCACUUGCUGAAAAGCAUGUUGUUGUCAUCCAGGACAUCAAGUUCAGUGAUGGUUCUAAGCUAAGAAAGCUUUUGGGUGAUAAGCAACAAUUGAACAAUGUCAUAGAGCAGAUAUUGCUGGAAAAAUACCGUGCAAAGGAUGGACCAGGGAAUACAAAACUAAUAAGGGAUUUCCUUGAGAAACAUGGGAAAGUGUUGGGCUUGCCUCCACCAGAAGCCCAUGAAGCCGUUUAUAACGAGGUAUUCUUGGCAGUAGAUGACAAAAAGAAUAACGAGGAGCUAGAAAAGGAUGAGUUUGGGGCACUUGUGGAAGACAUCCUUGAAAAAUUUGCAGACGAGCUUGAAGCCAAUCCAGUGUUUGAUAACUGAGGAGGGCAAGUUGGUAUACCAUAUAUUACUCUAAUCUGGUUCAUAGAGCUUCUUGUGAUUUUCACAGCCUUACAUAUUUUGAAUUCUAUGUUCAUAUAUCUUUUUGCAUAUCAGUUAAAUUUCAUCAUUCUCAAACAGUCAAACUACACUGUAUAAUUGUUGCUAUAGAAUCUAGACUGGUACUGAUACCCAUACUUGGGAUGCCCUUUGAGUGGCUGGAUGAUUUUCUGCUUUCACUACCUUGCAUUGAUUUCUAAAUUCUAGUUA